ACCACAACAACAAACAAUUUAAACAAAAAAAAAAAAAAAAAACAGAAAGUAACAUGAGAUCUCUCUUACUAGCCGUGUGCCUGGUUCUUGCUUUGCACUUUGGUGAAGCAGCCGUUUCCUGCAACACUGCGGUUGCGGAGCUUUACCCUUGCAUCUCCUACGUGCUUCAGGGAGGUAACCCCCCAGACAGCUGCUGCAGCGGUCUCCGAACACUCAGCAGUCAGGCUCAAACCCCUCCGGACCGUCAGAGCGUCUGCCGUUGCAUCAAAUCUGCCAUAGGAGGAGUCUCUUACACUUCUAACAACCUCAACAAUGCUUUAGCUUUGCCUUCUAAAUGCGGAAUUAAUCUUCCUUACAAGUUCAGCCCUUCCACCAACUGCGACAGUAUUCACUGAGACAAGCAGAAAAUUCAUAAAAAAGAAGCUACUACUACGAGAGCUAAGAACCCAAUAAUAAAUGAGGACAUGGUUUGCUAGUUGCUAAUUUUAAUCAGUGAUGUAUCUUUCGUCAUCUCGAAUCUUUUUAAUAUAUUAUCAACAUCCUAUGAUGUUCUACCAAAAUUAUCUCGGAAAAUUUCUCCACA